CUGUCAGAGCUGUUGGAGAACGGAUGUUACUUUGAAGGUCUGUGCCGGAAGUCAUUGUAUGCACUGUUGCUCACUGAAACUGUCUUUGUUCUUGUCCCAACUUCCCUCGCUCCUCCUCCUUACGAUACGUUUUACUUCAAGUUUUUUUUCCUGCUCUUCAAUGUAUUUCCUGUCGUGACAACAUGCAGGUAUAUAUCAUUUUGAUUAAAUCGUGAAAACAUCGCUUACACGCAUGGAAACUGUUGAUGGCGGUGCUAACUGGCGGAGACGAACCAGAAGUGCCAGAGCCUGCUGUAAGAAACAGGCGGGGGAAGGAGAGGGGGAGACAGUGGUACUGCGGAGUCUGUGGAGCGCGGGGAACGCGGAAGAAGGAGAUCAUGACAUGGCGGAGGACACCAGUUUUGUCCAGCAGGACGGCCGGUUGGAGCGGAGGGUCAUGGCGCCUCGCUACAGCCUAGUACGGGAGGUUGGAAGAGGUACGUACGGGGUAGUGUACGAAGCGGUGGCGCGGCGGUCCGGUGCCAAGGUGGCCGUGAAGAAAUUGCGUUGCGACGCGCCUGAAAACGUAGAGCUGGCCUUGCAAGAGUUCUGGGCCUUGACGAGUCUGGAGAAGCGGCAUCAGAACGUGGUGCAGUUGGAGGAGUGUGUUCUGCAGAGAAACGGCAUGGCCCAGAAGAUGAGCCACGGAAACAAACGGUCCAAGCAGUACCUGCGUUUGGUGGAGACAUCCCUGAAAGGUGAGAGAGUGCUCAGUCCCCCAGAGGAGCCCUGUUACCUCUGGUUCGUCAUGGAGUUCUGUGAAGGAGGUGACCUCAAUCAGUUCAUUCUGUCCCGGCAGCCAGACCAAAAAACCAACAACAGUUUCACGUUUCAGCUCACCAGUGCCAUCGCUUUCCUGCAUGAAAAUAACAUUGUUCAUAGAGACCUUAAGCCAGACAACAUCCUCAUCUCAGAAAGGUCAGGGACUCCGGUUCUCAAGGUCGCUGACUUUGGCCUCAGCAAAGUGUGUGCUGGUUCAAGUAAAACUACUGAAGGCAAAAGAAGUGAGGACAGGGGCAAAAAUGUCAACGUCAACAAGGUGUGGUUGUCCUCAGCAUGUGGAUCAGAUUUUUUCAUGGCUCCUGAAGUGUGGGAGGGUCAUUACACUGCCAAGGCAGACAUUUUUGCCCUGGGCAUCAUCAUCUGGGCCAUGUUGGAACGAAUCACUUUCAUUGAUGCAGAAUCAAAGAGAGAGUUGCUUGGAAUGUAUGUGAGGCACGGAGCAGACAUUGUCCCUGUGGGCGAAGCAUUGCUAAAGGAACCAAAAAUGGUAUUGAACAUUCCCCAGAAACGCAGGUCGUGCAUGUCUGAUGGAGUGAAAAAGCUUCUCCAGGACAUGCUGGCUGUCAAUCCUCAGGACCGACCAGAUGCCUUUGAGCUGCAGGCCAGAGUGGACCAAGUAAUGUGUGCGGCGUGAGCUUUAUCCAGGCUGUGGUUCAGUCAACCUGGAGCUGCUACAGCAGGGGAUCUCACUGAUGCUCAAUGAUGGUGAUGAGAAGACUGAAGAUAUGGGAGAAAGAGAAGGAACACCUUCAUUUACCAAAAGUAUUUCUGGGAUCUGAGCAGAUGACAAGAGAGGACGGUCAUCAUCGAGGAUUGUGAAAGCUGCUCCAACAGAGACAAGAACUACAAUUACUGAUGAACAGGCACUCGAACAGAGGUGGAGACCAGGACAGGUGUGAAGUUCUGACCUGGUGACCUCGGAGUUUCUUUGAAGUUGUUUACUGUCAGCUGUACGUCAUACACUUGGUCCUGGCCUUAAUAUUUGAACCAGAGAAUUAGGAUUCCUUUUUGUCUUUGUUGGGAGUUUGAAUAAUGGGAUAAAGCUACAGCUCCAUCAACCUGUGGAGAGUGUCUUCUGACAGAGCAGAGAGCAGUGUUGUGUUGUUGUUUCAUGUGGUGGUCCGCUGGGGCCAGCACUCUCCAUGUGUCCGAGGAAAAAUUCCAGGAUUAUUCAGUCAGCCUGAGCUGCUGUAGUCGUUUUUUUUCCCCGAAGGUGUUGUCAGGUCUCACACCGGAGGCUGUUGGUGUUGGUGUGGAUUUUUUGUUUUUUUUUACCAGUGGUUAGUGAGAAACAGACCCCUGUUUCUGUCCAACAACACUUUGCUGCUUGGUGACUUCCAAAGGCUGUUCCAAUCUUGACUGUUCACAUUUGAUGCCUCACGUGUGUGGGUGCGUGCAUGCACAGGUGUGUGUGUGUGUGAGAUUUAAAAGUUGCACAAAACUGCCCCUGCAGUCUGUUUAGUUUAAAUGCUGUGUCCAUGUGGGGUUAUCUUUAGACCGCUGACAACAUGGACUCGUAUCGCUCAAGUAAAGAAAUGAAUAAAUCGAAAAGAAAUGAGAAUAAAUAAAUGUUCUGUUUUUGAAAUGAUUUCAGUCUGUGUUUCCACCAUGUUCAGAAACCUGUCGUAGCAUUCAGUCAGUCAGAGUUUCAUAGCCUUCCCUGUGAAACAAGGUCUGAGUGAAUGAAUCAGAGAUGUUAGUUUGUUUGAAACAGCGCCAGUGUUGACUUACUCCAUUAUUCAAUGGGAUGACAGAACUUUUUUUUCUCCUGGUGAGUCUAACAGUUGGAAUGUUAGCAUUUAGUAAAAAUGUGAAAAAAUGCCUUUCUAUUUGUGUUUGUUUUAGGAUGUAUAUGAUCUUUGGCUACAUUAGCACAUUAGCCUGACCACCAUGUGAUGGACACUGCUGUCUUCUGCUGUUUACCCAGUGUGUUUCUCAGACACAUUUUGAAUUUGACUCCUUUUGGUUCACAUUUCCUAAAAACCAGAGUGAGAUUCUGAACAGAACUCUUAGGUUUCCAUUUCCCCCCGUGGUGCCUUCACGGAUCACUGGUUGGGUUGUGGCUCAGGAGAUUUAUUAGGCAGAGUGUGUAACCUUGAAUAGAUAUGCGAAUGUUGAUAAAUUAAAUUGAGUUUACUCUAUUUACUGGACAAAUCAGGAAUUUGAAGGGAAGUGAGCGACUUUAUGUUGGAAUAAAAGUGCCGUUCCUGAUGGACGGACUGUAGCUGCUCACUGAUGUCACUUGAUUUAAGGCUCUCUACGGUUUCUCCCUGGUUCUGAGUCUUUAAGAUUUUUUUUCUAUAUUUUUACAGGGCCCUAAAUCUGGCAGUAGAUGAGUGGCAGAAUGAGCAUGUCAGUGUCAGAUAUCUAGAUGUUUGUUCUCCAUAUUUGCUCUACCUCAUUGUUUCUGCUCAGAUUUACAUUUUGUUUUCUUUUGAGUUCACGAUUCAUUUGAUGCUUUUCUUGAUUUCUUGAUUUCCUAUGUCAAAGGAACUUAUUGAAAAGACUUUGUUUCCCUGCAGGUCCAGUGUGAUGGGUUUGCAUUUGUGACACUUUGUUUCACUGCUGCCUUGUAAAAAAAUAAAUAUAUAUAUAUAUAUAUAUAAAACAGUACUUGAAGUGCUGUGACUACAACUCCUCCAUCUGUGGACCGGAGUGAACUGCGUUGUGCUCUGACUUUAUCACUGUCUGCUCGUCUUCCUUGGUUGUUGGCGUAAAGAGCAGCAGCUUCACCUUCUCUUUAAAGACUCUUUAAUGUUGAGGACAGAAGCCACAGUCCUCGGUUCUACUGAAUCCUUCUGCUUGAAUCGAAAUGUCUUUGUUUGUUUUAUUUCUCUUUAUGCUCUAUUUAAAUAAAGGUUAAGAAAACUGG